CCACCCAUCCAAGGUGUCGGAUUGACCAGAGGUUGCUCGACAGCUGCAUCCUGGAUUGACUGAGAAGUCUAUUUCCUGCAUCUCCACACACGCCUGCCGAGUCUACGGCCGCGCGUUCUCACGGCAACAACUGCGGCCACUUUUCGACCUUCACCACCUCCGGUCCGAAAUCAACAUCAACACCGCCUUCUCCAUCAAGGACUAGGUGUUGCUGCAUCCGCAUCAGUUCCCUCGACGGAUCAUUCCACUCGCUGUAUUCUCAAACAACAAACGAUCCUUUCGGACUCUUUUGGCCACAUUCCCGCAACCUGCUCAUCCCUUGUUUCACGGCGAAUGUCAUCUGAGUAAUUUUCUGUAAUUGACUUCAGCAUGGCGCACCCUCAACAGGGCGGUGGCCACUACGCCGACGACGGCUAUGGCCACGGCAACGGCAACGAUGCAUACUACCAAGAUGAUCAAAACCAGGCCUACUACGACCACAACCAGGGCUAUGGCAAUGGCCAGGACAGCUACUACGAUGAAGGAGCUGCUCACUACCAGGGCGAACACGGCGCCCCUUACCAGGGCCAAGCUCAAGGCCAAGAAGGCUACUACGAUGCUGGCCACAACGGCUACCAGGACGAGUACUACAACGACCAAUAUUACGACCAAGGUGCCCACGCUGCAGGCCAGCAAGGAGGCCGCCAGCCCAGAGGCCACUCUGAAGAAGACUCGGAGACCUUCAGCGACUUCACCAUGAGAUCCGACAUGGCCCGCGCUGCCGAGAUGGACUACUACGGUCGCGGUGAUGAGCGUUACAACAGCUACAACGGUGAACAGGGAGGUCGUGGCUUCCGCCCGCCUUCAUCUCAGGUUUCCUACGGUGGCAAUCGCUCAUCGGGUGCUUCGACUCCCGUCUACGGCAUGGAUUACACCAAUGCUCUCCCCGCCGGUCAGCGCUCAAGAGAGCCUUACCCUGCCUGGACCUCCGACGCCCAGAUCCCUCUGUCGAAGGAGGAGAUUGAGGACAUUUUCCUCGACCUGACAGCCAAAUUCGGUUUCCAGCGUGACAGCAUGAGAAACAUGUUCGACCACUUCAUGACCCUGCUCGAUUCGCGUGCUUCGCGUAUGUCGCCCAACCAGGCUCUUCUGUCGCUCCACGCCGACUACAUCGGUGGUGAUAACGCCAACUACCGUCGCUGGUACUUUGCUGCUCACCUUGAUCUCGACGAUGCUGUCGGUUUCGCCAACAUGAACCUCGGAAAAGCCAACCGCCGCACUCGCAAGGCCCGCAAGGCCGCCAAGAAAGCGGCUGCCGACAACGCCGGAAACGAGGAGGCCACUUUGUCGAGUCUCGAGGGCGACAACAGUCUCGAAGCAGCCGAAUACCGCUGGAAGUCACGUAUGAACAAGAUGUCGCAGCACGACCGUGUUAGACAAAUUGCUCUCUACCUUCUUUGCUGGGGUGAAGCCAACCAGGUCCGUUUCAUGCCUGAAUUGAUGUGUUUCAUCUUCAAGUGUGCAGACGAUUACUUCCACUCUCCUGUUUGCCAGAACAAGGUUGAGCCCGUUGAGGAGUUCACCUACCUGAACAACGUAAUCACUCCUCUGUACAACUACUGCAGAGAUCAAGGUUACGAAAUCUUCGACGGCAAGUACGUCCGCAGAGAGCGUGAUCACAACAAGAUCAUUGGUUACGAUGACAUGAACCAGCUCUUCUGGUACCCCGAGGGUAUUGAGCGUAUCGUUUUCGAGGAUAAGUCGCGUCUGGUCGACUUGCCUCCUGCUGAGCGUUACGAGAGACUCCAAGAUGUCAUCUGGAAGAAGUGCUUCUUCAAGACCUACAAGGAGACCAGAUCCUGGUUCCACAACUUGGUCAACUUCAACCGUAUCUGGGUCAUUCACGUUACCGCCUACUGGUUCUACACUUCUUACAAUUCGCCUACUCUCUACACUAAGAAUUACGAGCAGCAGCGCAAUAACUCUCCCACCACUCCCGCUCAUUUCUCGGCCGUUGGUCUCGGUGGUACUGUCGCAUCCCUUAUCAUGGUUUUCGCCACGCUCGCCGAAUGGUCUUACGUCCCCAGAAAGUGGGCAGGUGCUCAGCACUUGACCAAGCGUCUUCUCUUCCUCAUUCUCGUCCUCGUCAUCAACGUCGCACCCGCCGUAUACAUCUUUGGUGUCAAGCGUGAAGGCAAGAUCGCUCUCAUUCUCGGUAUUGUGCAAUUCUUGAUUGCCCUGGUCACCUUCUUCUUCUUCUCCAUCAUGCCCCUCGGUGGUCUCUUCGGCAGCUACCUUACCGGCAAGUCUCGUCGUUACGUCGCCAGUCAGACAUUCACUGCCAGUUGGCCUCACCUCAAGGGCAAUGCCAUGUGGAUGUCCUACGGUCUUUGGAUCAUGGUCUUCGGUGCCAAGCUCGCAGAGUCCUACUUCUACCUGACUUUGUCGUUGCGUGAUCCCAUCCGUAUUCUGUCGACCCUCAAAAUCAGACACUGCAUCGGUAUUCAAUACGUUGGUACAGUGCUUUGCUACCACCAGGCUACCGUUACUUUGAUUCUGAUGUACAUCACCGACUUGAUUCUGUUCUUCUUGGAUACUUACCUCUGGUACAUUAUUUUGAACACUGUCUACUCGGUUGCUCGCUCGUUCUACCUCGGUGUUUCUAUUUGGACUCCCUGGAGAAACAUCUUCUCCCGUCUGCCUAAGCGUAUCUACUCCAAGGUUCUUGCUACCACCGACAUGGAAAUCAAGUACAAGCCCAAGGUCCUGAUCUCCCAGAUCUGGAACGCCAUCAUCAUUUCGAUGUACCGUGAGCACUUGCUCGCCAUUGACCACGUCCAGAAGCUUCUGUACCACCAGGUUCCUUCCGAGCAGGAGGGCAAGCGUACUCUCAGAGCACCUACCUUCUUCGUUUCCCAGGAAGACCAUUCCUUCAAGACCGAGUUCUUCCCCAGUCAGAGUGAGGCCGAGCGUCGUAUCUCUUUCUUCGCCCAGUCUCUGUCUACUCCCAUUCCUGAGCCUGUCCCCGUUGACAACAUGCCUACCUUCUCCGUCAUGAUUCCCCACUAUGGCGAGAAGAUUCUUCUCUCCCUCCGUGAGAUCAUUCGUGAAGACGACCCUUACUCGCGUGUUACUAUGUUGGAGUACCUCAAGCAGCUUCACCCUCACGAGUGGGACUGCUUCGUCAAGGACACCAAGAUUUUGGCCGACGAAACCUCGCAAUUCAACGGCGAGUACGAGAAGACCGAGAAGGACACCGCAAAGGCCAAGAUCGACGAUCUUCCCUUCUACUGCAUUGGUUUCAAGUCUGCUGCUCCCGAGUACACUCUUCGUACUCGUAUUUGGGCAUCGCUCCGUUCUCAGACCCUCUACCGUACCAUCUCUGGUUUCAUGAACUACAGCCGCGCUAUCAAGCUUCUGUACCGUGUCGAGAACCCCGAGGUCGUUCAAAUGUUCGGCGGUAACUCUGAUAAGCUCGAGAGAGAAUUGGAGCGUAUGGCUCGUCGCAAGUUCAAGAUUUGCGUCUCCAUGCAGCGUUACGCUAAGUUCACCAAGGAAGAGCGUGAGAACGCUGAGUUCCUGCUCCGUGCCUACCCCGACCUUCAAAUUGCCUACCUGGAUGAAGAACCUCCGCUCAACGAAGGUGAGGACCCUCGUCUCUACUCUGCUUUGAUUGACGGUCACUCCGAGAUCAUGGAGAACGGUCUUCGCAAGCCCAAGUUCCGCGUUCUGCUUUCAGGUAACCCCAUUCUUGGUGACGGCAAGUCUGACAACCAGAACCACUCUAUCAUCUUCUACCGCGGUGAGUAUAUCCAACUCAUCGACGCUAACCAGGACAACUACCUGGAGGAAUGUCUGAAGAUUCGUUCUGUUCUUGCCGAGUUCGAGGAAAUGACCACCGACAAUGUCUCUCCUUACACUCCUGGUUUGCCCACCGCCAAGUUCGACCCUGUUGCCAUUCUCGGUGCUCGCGAGUACAUUUUCUCUGAGAACAUUGGUAUUCUCGGUGACGUCGCUGCCGGAAAGGAACAGACAUUCGGUACUCUCUUCGCUCGUACUCUCGCUGAGAUCGGUGGUAAGCUCCAUUACGGUCACCCCGAUUUCCUCAACGGUAUCUUCAUGACUACUCGUGGUGGUGUCUCCAAGGCUCAAAAGGGUCUUCACUUGAACGAGGAUAUUUACGCCGGUAUGACUGCUCAGCUCCGUGGUGGCAGAAUCAAGCACUGCGAAUACUACCAGUGUGGUAAGGGUCGUGAUUUGGGUUUCGGAUCCAUUCUCAACUUCACCACCAAGAUUGGUACUGGUAUGGGUGAGCAAAUGCUGUCCCGUGAAUACUACUACCUCGGCACUCAACUCCCUCUGGACCGCUUCCUGUCUUUCUACUACGCUCACGCUGGUUUCCACGUCAACAACACCUUCAUCAUGUUGUCUGUGCAGCUCUUCAUGUUCUGUAUCAUCAACUUGGGUGCCCUGAGACACGAAACUAUCAUCUGCCGUUACAACAGAAACACUCCCAUCACUGAUCCUCAGUGGCCUACUGGUUGUGCCAACUUGCGUCCCUGUCUUGAUUGGAUCGAGCGUUGCUGUGUUUCCAUUUUCAUCGUCUUCUUCAUCUCUUUCGUUCCUCUUACGGUUCAGGAGUUGACUGAGCGUGGAUUCUGGCGCGCAGCUACCCGUCUCGCCAAGCACUUCUCUUCGUUCUCUCCUCUCUUCGAAGUCUUCGUCUGUCAGAUCUACACCAACGCUCUCCAGCAGAACUUGUCAUACGGUGGUGCCCGUUACAUCGGUACCGGUCGUGGUUUCGCCACUGCCCGUAUGCCCUUCGGUAUUCUCUACUCUCGUUUCGCUGCUCCUUCGAUCUACCUGGGUAUCCGUCUGCUUCUCAUGCUUCUGUUUGGUACUCUGACCAUUUGGGGAUACUGGCUUCUUUACUUCUGGGUUUCCCUUCUCGCUCUCUGUGUUGCUCCUUUCCUGUUCAACCCUCACCAGUUCGCAUGGUCCGACUUCUUCAUCGACUACCGUGAGUUCCUCAGAUGGUUGUCUCGUGGAAACACCAAGGGACACUCGGCAUCCUGGAUUGGAUUCGUCCGUCUUUCGCGUACCCGCAUCACCGGAUUUAAGAAGAAGGUGCUUGGUGAGCCGUCCGCCAAAUUGUCUGGAGAUACGGCUCGUGCCCGCUUCGGUAACGUCUUCUUCGCUGAGGUUAUCGGUCCCCUUUUCCUCGUUGCUGUGACUCUCAUUCCUUACCUUUACAUCAACUCUGGAACUGGAGCGACUCGUGCCAUCAACCCGGACGCAUCUAACGCCGACUUGCAGCGGACCAACCCCCUCAUUCGUAUCGCUAUCGUUGCAUUCGCUCCUAUUGGUGUCAAUGCUGGUGUUUCGGCUGUCUUCUUUAUGAUGGCUUGCUGUAUGGGACCCGUUUUCAGCAUGUGCUGCAAAAAAUUCGGUGCUGUCUUGGCCGCUAUCGCUCACGCCAUCGCCGUUAUUGUCCUUAUCGUCAUGUGGGAGGUCAUGUUCUUCCUUGAGGGAUGGAGCUUCCCCAAGAUGCUUAUCGGCAUGAUCGCCUCGCUCGCGAUCCAGCGUUUCAUCUACAAGCUUAUCAUUGCUCUGACCCUCACUCGUGAGUUCAGAACCGACUCUUCCAACGUUGCUUGGUGGACCGGUAAAUGGUACGGCAUGGGAUGGAUGGGCUUCUCUCAGCCUGGCCGUGAGUUCUUGUGUAAGAUCACUGAGUUGGGAUACUUCUCGUCGGACUUCUGCUUGGGUCACCUGCUGUUGUUCUUCAUGCUUCCUCCUCUCUUGAUCCCUUACAUCGACACCUUCCAUUCGGUCAUGCUCUUCUGGCUCCGUCCUAGUCGCCAAAUUCGCCCCCCGAUUUACUCGUUGAAGCAGUCGAAGCUUCGCAGACGUCGUACAAUCCGUUACGCCAUCUUGUACUUCACCCUGUUCAUCAUCUUCAUUGUCUUGAUCGUUGCACCCAUGGUUGCUGGCAAGUUCCUCAAUCUUCCUGUCACCACGCUUCCUAUGAACUUGAUGCAGCCCACCAACCUCAAGAACAACGACACAACCAGCCAGACUACUGGUACAGCAGUGGCUGGAGCUACCGAUGCCGCUGGUACUUCGGGUGGCAGCUCAGAGUCAUCCGCAGCAGCUCGUCGCUUCGCUCACUUCAUGUACUAAGUGGGUCGACUGCGGUCAGCUACAUAAUAGAUUGGGUGGAAUUAUCCUUGGCGUCAAAAUCAUGGCAUGCUUCACGCCUCGCAGCGUGUUUGUGUAAAACAGCGAGUGGCCAUUUCAUGCUCAUCUCUAGAGCAAGCUCUGAGAUGGAUGGUUACUGCAUAAUGAUGUUUAUCGUGUUGCUUUUUUAUUUUUCAGCUUUGUCGGAAAAGACAUUUUGGGAACUGGUUAUUGUCACUGUUAGAAAUAAAGAUUCGAAAUGCAAACCACCAGUACAUAUGCAC